AUGUCAGUACUUGAUGGACCUAUAACCCAGGGUUUCAUUAAACUUUUAAUGUCAAAACAAGACUAUGUUACUGGUAUGGAAACUUGUCAAUUUACAUAUGAGUGGACAAUUAAAAACUUCAGUGAGUGGAAGCAUAAAACAAUUGAAUCACCAAUUUUUUCAUCUCAUUUUUCUGAUUUUAAAGAUAAUUGGAUUUUGAAAAUAGAUUGUGGAACUUAUAGGUUAAAUGUUGAUCUACAGAUUCAAUCAUUUAAUAAUACCUCACAUUUAGAAACAGAAUGUAAAAUAUCAAUUAAUAAUAGAAACGAAAAUACUAAAACGAAUGGUUUUUAUGAGUUUCUAGAAACAAUUACAUGGGGUGGAUAUAUUUUGACUUCAGACUUGUUAAAACCGAUUAAUGGAUAUUUACAAAAUGAUGAACUUAAAAUUUGUUGUACAAUAACAAUGUCCCAAAAACGAAUAAAAAAUUCUGAUGUAAUUCCAACAUUUGAUGCAACACAACAAUUGAGUGCAGAUUUGGAAGAACUUUUGUUAAAUGAAGACGUAUCUGAUGUUAUCAUUCAAGUGGGUCAAAAAUCAUUUCCUGCUAUCAAAUGCAUUCUUGCAGUACGUAGUCCUGUUUUUGCUGCAAUGUUUAAUCAUGAACAAUUCAAAGAAAAUCAAAAAAACGAAGUUGUCAUUGAAGAUAUUGAUGAAGAUGUUUUUGAAGAAUUUUUACAUUUUAUUUAUUCUGGUAAAUCACCAAAUGUUAACAAAAUGCCAAUGGAACUAAUUGCUGUUGCUGAAAAAUAUCAGGUGGAUUGUCUUAAAAAUGUUUGUGAAAAAGUACUUUGUGAAACUAUAAAUUUUGAUAAUGUUGCAAUUUCAUCAACAGAUUCUGCAGCUUCUUCCGAUUUUUAA